GUAACCUGCUAUGCAUGCACGGCGCUAAUGACCGAUAGUGCAGCUGGCCAGCAAGUAAGGCGUAAACAGGUUCGUGCCACGCAGGCGUGCAACCACUGUCGAACACGCAAACAGAAGUGUAACGAAGCAAGACCAUGCCAGUUCUGCAGAGAUAACGACUUGGAUUGCUUGUACAAGGAAGUACCACCUCCAAAACAAGAUCUUAGCAUGAUGCAACUUCAGGAGAGCGUAAAUGACAUUGGCGAAGUACUGAAGAAUCUUGCAGGAGAGUUGGCCUCAUGGAGACAGAGCGUCGAGACCAGACUCCCCUUGACCCAAACCCUGAACCAGAUCACGAACAUCGCACCCAAAGAGAAGAGCGGAUUACAGAGUGGGGACAUCACUCUUCCACAGUCACAGAUGCCUCCUUCAGCGUUACAAGCAUUGAUUCCAAUCAAGCAAGAGUCCGAUCCGACCCAGACUCCAGCAACUCCAGUCGACAGUUGGAGCGAGAACAGCGGCGCAGAGGAGAUGACCGGAUUGCAGUGGGACCACACCACACCAGCACAUAAGCUGCUCGAAGAGUGGCUCUCGAUGGCGCACUUCUGCCGGAACGUCGACUAUAUUGAGAAGUUGAUCGAAGGCGGCCACGACGUGUCAGAGUACCCAGUGCUGCUCGAGCAGGACCGAGGCCUGCUUCGCGUUUGGGGAGUUGGUGAGGGCCAAGAUAUCAACGAUGGAGCCCAAGGACCAGGAAGCCCUGACAGUGGCGGCGACGCGGAUGCCUCCUCUCCUGCACCUGGCAGGGAGGGCCUCUGGGGCUGCCCACCUGCAGAUACCUCCAGCCCAGGAACAGUGCCUGGCGAGACUCCCAGCAGCCACCCUCGACAAGAAAGCGACGGCGGACUUGGACCAGACGGCAGGCCUGAUUUCCGCUCACACAUUCUUUGGGAGUUGUAUGACUCCUAUAUCGAAAACAUCCACAAACUGCAUCCCUUCAUGAACGCCAGUAAGCUCAGAAGGAUGAUCAAGGAGUUCAGCGAGCAGUACAGUCCGGACAUCAACACCAAACACGCCGGAUCACCAGCUGCCAACCCAUUGGCGAACCACCAGCUUAGCCAGGGCCUGAAGCGGAAGCGAUCCGGUAGUGCAUAUGGCGAGCCCUACUCUGCUAAGGGCCUAAUCGAACGCUCCCUGCGUAAUGCCCUCAUCCUCCUUGUCCUCGCGCUCGGCAAGGUCUGCGCUCAUCACGACCCAUUACCUUCGCCUCAGAGUGACAGGAUGUCGCACACGAAUGGUGGUUGGGGUGUGCAUUCCAACGGCAGCUUCAACGGCAGCUUCAACAGCGACAUAUCCGAUGACAAUCGGCCACGCAAUGUCGACGUCUUACCGGGUAUGGGCUACUUCGCCUACGCAACUGACAUCCUUGGAAACCAACAGGGCGGCAACACAGUGGCACAUGCGCAGGCAAUGAUCCUAGCUGCACUCUACCUGGGUCAGUUUGCUCGUGUCUUGGAGAGCUGGAGCUGGAUCAACAACGCUUGCCGUGUCGUCCUUGUCCUUAUCAAGGCGGACUACCAGAAGCUCAACCGGGACUGGUGCCUGGAGAACAAGGCAUCUCUGCCUCCGAAAGAGCGUUACCGGCUCAACCUGGUUAUGUGCGUAUACUGGACUUGUCUCCAGCUCGAGUCAGAUAUUCUGGCCGAGAUGAGCACGCUGCCACCCAGCAGAAUCUCAGAUUUCCAAAGCGAGAUCGCGUACCCAGAUGGCGUAUCCAUCGAAUCUGGAACUAGUGUUGAGGAGAAGAUGUUUGCCGACCCAAACCCACAGGAAGGAUCUAUGCUCAUGUACACGAGUCAAAUCUGGCUUCGUGUCAUAUUAAACGAGGCGCAUAAUAUGCUGUACGGCAGAAAUGCUCGCCGCAGCUUUGACACCCACACCAUCAAAGAGGUCGCGCAUCGUGCCACAGCGCAUGUGCGUAUCCUUGAGGACUGGAGACAAGUCCUGCCGCCUACGCUGGCCUGGAACGACGAUGACCCACCGGCUACUGAUAUCAAUGUUGCACGUUUACGUGCUAAGUACUAUGGGUCUAUCUACGUGAUCUUGCGCCCGUACUUGCGCAUUGCGAACCACUUCAUCGACUUCCCGCCCACAGGCGCAAGCACAGCACGGGCGUCUCACUUUGUACCAACCUCUGAUUCUUCAUCCAACAGGAACGUACAUCUACUGGUGGAUCUAUCAGAUGACCAGAGGAGCAUCAUCGGAGUCGCUGUCAAGUGCAUCAACGCCGCAAUCCAGAGUACAAUUGCUUUCGACCGUAUUGGCGCUGCUCCCGACAGCAAGUACGUAAAGUUCGAUGCCAACGCCCGUACUCGACGACUGGUAGUCACCAACAUCUUUGGCACUAUGCAUGCUCAAUUUGGAAACAUGCUCGUCCUUGCAGCAGUCUUCACGUCUCCACUUUCCAGGUACCUACCUAGGGAUACACAGCUCACGAAGCAGAACCUCAUCCUACUCAUGGACCGAACGUGCAAAGCCCUCGGCGAAAUUGCGCCAAACUCCCCAGUCCUGGAGAUGAAUCUCAAGAUCCUGCGCAACGUCCGGGAGCAGCUAGACCUGUACCCAUGA